UCCUCUCUCCAAAAGAAUUGCCCCUUCUCUCGUUACAUUAAAAUUAAGGUAAUGUAAUCUUGUUUCAAUUAUAGAUACUUAUCGUGGGCAAACGCUCGACACAAUCGAAAUUGGAGGAUCGUGCGGUGGCCGUAUCGAAUACCAUGGAAAGGCCCUAUCGUAGCGCAUUCGUUCAGCGAUUAGCCAAUGGUAUUGUUGAUAUUUAAGAACGUAAAACUAGUAUUUUAUAUAAUAUUUAGAAGUAUGACUAUUGAUAAUUUUUUUUAUUGUUAUAGAAUCCAAACGGAGGAAGUUGUGGCAAACCGUUGGUUUGGCUCUGGACCGUUGUACAAAAAUGAUAUACCUUUUUUUUGUAAGAGUGUUCGUAUUCGCUGCCUGGUUGUUGAGUCAAUUCACUGGCGUUAGGAAGUGGCUGGAAGCGGGGGAAAGGCCCGAAGCUUCUUUGGAUCACGCUUCCACCGCUACUGAUUUUGCUUCGUAAGGAGCAUAAACAAAAACAUCAUUGAGUUCCAUUUUCUGAUCCACGUGAUAUCUAGACCGAUCCAAACGCAGCCUUUGUCUUCUUUCUGUUUCAGGGGCUUGCAUCGCGCAGAGGCAUUUCACUUUCGCCGAAUCUCCGUGCAAUAUCGAAAAUGUGUCACCGAAACGAUCUAUUUCCCGGAUACCUCAUAAUAAAAUUGCGAUCUGCCAUUUAUCUGACUGGCUUCACUCUAGGGCACAUCCCCAGAAGGAUUUUGCCGAACGGAGAUAUAUCGAGUGCGCCCAGAAAAUUCAAAGUCUGGGGAUUGUUGAGCGAGAACGAUCUCGAGCCUGUGAUGUUUGCCAUGGCGAGUACGAAUUCACGGCGAAUUCUGACGAAAGUUGGCAAUAUUUUCCAGUUCAGAACACAGAGAUCAAGAGUCCAUACGAAUAUGCAGAAUUGAGGAUACAGAGCAAUCACUGGGGGCUAUAUUGCACGUGUUUGUGCAGAUAUCGCGUUCACGGGAGAUCAAUAUAAUUAGGAAUUGAUCGCGCCAUGGUUCCUCUUCACUAAACAUUCGCAAGAUCGUUCAAGCAAUAGCAAGAAACGAGCCACAGCUCUACUCAAAUACGUGCCUUCAAC